AUGACCACACGUGCACAACCUGUGACCUCUCACUUAACCUGUGACCUCUCACACGCAACCUACGACCUUUCACACUCGACCUAUGACCUCUCACAUUCGACCUACGACCUCUCACACUCUACCUGUGACAUCUCACACUCAACCUACGACCUCUCCCACACAACAUACAACCUCUCCCAUGUGACCUGCGACCUCUCCCAUGUGACCUACGACCUCUCCCAUGUGACCUGCGACCUCUCCCACACGACCUACGACCUCUCCCACACGACCUACGACCUCUCCCAUGUGACCUGCGACCUCUCCCACACGACCUACGACCUCUCCCACACGAUCUACGACCUCUCCCAUAUCAGAGUCUGGUGGAGGAGAGACGUCAGCGUCAAGAGGAAAAUGAGUGAACUGGAUCAGCUUCGCCAGGAGGCCGAGCAGCUCAAGAACCAGAUACGGGAUGCCAGGAAAGCAUGUGCAGACGCCACACUGUCCCAAAUCACGGCUAACAUCGACCCGGUGGGCCGAAUCCAGAUGCGCACCAGGCGGACGCUGAGAGGACAUCUGGCAAAGAUCUACGCCAUGCACUGGGGCACUGACUCCAGGCUUUUGGUCAGUGCCUCCCAGGAUGGAAAGCUCAUCAUCUGGGACAGCUAUACCACAAACAAGGUCCAUGCCAUCCCCCUGCGCUCCUCUUGGGUGAUGACGUGUGCCUAUGCCCCAUCCGGGAACUACGUCGCAUGUGGAGGUCUGGACAACAUCUGCUCCAUCUAUAACCUGAAGACACGCGAGGGCAACGUGCGUGUGAGCCGAGAGCUGGCAGGACACACAGGGUACCUGUCCUGCUGUCGCUUCCUGGAUGAUAACCAGAUCGUCACCAGCUCUGGAGACACUACGUGUGCUUUGUGGGACAUCGAGACGGGUCAACAGACCACCACUUUCGCGGGCCACACUGGGGACGUGAUGAGCCUGUCUUUGGCCCCUGACACCAGGCUCUUUGUGUCUGGAGCCUGUGAUGCCUCAGCCAAACUCUGGGACGUGAGGGAAGGCAUGUGCCGGCAGACAUUCACAGGGCACGAGUCCGACAUCAACGCUAUCUGUUUCUUCCCCAAUGGAAACGCCUUCGCCACGGGAUCCGACGAUGCCACGUGCAGGCUCUUCGACCUGCGGGCUGACCAGGAGCUUAUGGUGUACUCCCACGACAACAUCAUCUGUGGCAUCACCUCGGUGGCGUUCUCCAAGAGUGGGCGGCUGCUGCUGGCCGGGUAUGACGACUUCAACUGCAACGUGUGGGACUCCCUGAAGGCCGACCGCGCAGGUGUCCUGGCGGGCCAUGAUAACCGGGUCAGCUGUUUGGGUGUGACCGAUGACGGUAUGGCUGUGGCUACAGGGUCCUGGGACAGCUUCCUCAAAAUCUGGAACUAG